CACUCUAGCAUCUCUUGAGUUUGAUGUCUGAUUAACUGUGCCAGUAAGCAGGCAGCGCUGGAGAGUUAAUCAGGUGUAUGGACCCAAUUCUGUGCCCAACUGAAGCUUACAGACCUCCCUUGUUCCAUUCAGGUUUGGCACAAUCCCCUUCUCUUCCCCUACCUCAGCUGCCCUUGGUGCUCAUGUUCUAGUUUUGCCACUUUACAUAAUUACUUCAGCAUUAGCCACUCAUGGCUGGCUCCCCCAGGAUACUCAAGAGGUCAAAGCCCAGAGGGUGUCUUAGGUUUGCUGGAUCGUCUUGGACAGGUAAAGGGACCCCUGACAAUUCAGUCCAGCUGUGACCAACUCUGGGGUUGUGGCGCUCAUCUUGUGUUAUUGGCCGAGGGAGCCGGUGUACGGCUUCCAGGUCGUGUGGUCAGCAUGACAAAGCCGCUUCUGGCAAACGAGCAACACAGGGAAACGCCGUUUACCUUCCCGCUGUAGCGGUACCUAUUUAUGUACUUGCACUUUGACGUGCUUUUGAACUGCUAGGUUGGCAGGAGCUGGGACCGAGCACAGGAGCUCACCCUGUCAUGCGGAUUCGAACCGCCGACCUUCUGAUCGGCAAGCCCCAGGCUCAGUGGUUUAACCCACAGCGCCACCCGCGUCCCACCAUCUUGGACAGGGCAUGCUACAAAUCCUGACAUAUUUCACAAGAUUGUAAGUCUUGAUUGUAGGAUUGAAUUCUGCCCUGUAAAGGAAGGGCAGGAUUUAAAAAUGGGCAGAAUACAUAGUAGCAUUUUCUAAGUUUUCAAUCUAGUUUGACACCUGUCUGCUGUGAAAAUGUAAGCCCUUCCAUAGUAGGUAGGGUAACCAUGAGUAGAAGCUUAUGAUAACCCAGUAGUGCAGGUUCCCAUCUUCUCUGACUUUUUCAGUCCUCAGAUCUCCACUAUCCUUCAUGAUCUUUUUGCCUGGUGGUUCUGGGUCUUUUUAAAAAAUAUUAUUUUUAUUAGUUUUCCAUUUAAUAAUAUAUUAUUAUUAUAUUAUUGCAUUUUGUACAUUUUCCAAUUCUAAUAAAUUCCAUACCAAAUAAACCUCAAACUUUAAAUAUAUAAAGGGAGAAAAUUUCUCAUUACAAGUCUUCAGACAACUCUGCUAGUGAUGUUAAUUGCUUACAAUAAUCUUUUACAUAUCAUGUAAAUUUACUCCAGUCUUUUUGGAAUACUUGAUCAUGCUGGUUUUGGAUUUUUUCUGUUAGCUUUGCCAGUUCCACAGAGUCUCAUUUUCAUCUGCCACUCUUCUUUCGUUGGUACUUCUUGUAUUUUCCAAUUUUUGAAAAAAUGAAAAAUUGUGGUUCUGGGUCUUGAUUCAGUAGAUCAUUUACUCUUCGCUCUACCCUUUCUCCCCCCCCAAAAAAUCUGACCUGUGUUUACUUAUACAUUGCAACAAAUCUUUGUAUAGAAGUGCUUCCACCAUUUCCCUCUUUGUUACUCCUGUAUCUUUGAAGCAAGCACUGAAGAAGGAAAGCUGCCAAAUAAUAUUUGCACAAAUAAUAAGAGACACAUGUGAACAGAUUAAAAUUAUACAUUUGGGAGACAGCUGCAGACUUCAGUGCAGAGGAAAAAAGCUUUGCUGCGCAUAUACACUCAUGAGUACCACUUCUCUGACAUCCUAAAACAUAUUCUUAACGUUUUAUACACACUGUGUGGAGUCUUAUCAGGCCAUUGAUCCAGAGUAGAAUAACCUGCAUUGCAUGGGUACCCUCCUCUAUCUAGAUGAAAACCUCUUUCCACCACUUGGAUCACCUGUAUAACUCAAUCACCCGUAUCUUCCAGAUAAUCGUUAUGUACCUUCAGGUAUUAGAAUGUGAACGUAACCAACACCUGGUCCAGACCUCAUGGGUAGCCUCUGAGGGUAAGUGACUAAGACUUCUCCUCUGCUGCCCAAGCGCUAUGGUGCAGGGAUAACUGCCGUCUUCAGUCAAACCCAAGCAGGCUCCACAGAGAGAAGGCUGGCUCUAGACAGGUGGUAUGCGUACACAAGUCGAGUUAAAACUGGCCGACUGCUGCUUGUGAUUUUUUUAACUUGUUAAAUUUUAUUUGUGCAUUUUUCAGAUAAGUCUGUGUUACUGUCAGGAUGCUUUGUUCCCAUUUUAUGUCCUUUUAAAAAACGCAGACUCUUUUAUUAAACUUGGGUUUAAAAUCUUUGUGGGGUUGGGUUUUUAAAAACUUAAUUCAUACUUGCAUUGCAAUAAGAAGAUAUGUUACUUCAUAGCACCUCAAAUUUAUUCUGUUGUUCUUUUUAAACUGUGUGUUUUGGGCUCCUGCCCAUAACUACCGGAACUUCUGUAAAACUUCGGAUGUAUUUCUGCAGCGGGUUCCUUCCUCCACACAUCAUAACAAAUGCUUUUGGAACUUGGAUUAUAUUGUGAGAUACUGCAGUUCAAUGUGGGGAAAUAAAUACAGGACCACCCAGGCAGUCCCUUUGGUUGCACCUAAAAUAGGACUUUCAAAGUCCCUGAAACACUUUUAAAGAAUGAUGUAUGCCUUUAAAGGGCUGGCCUACUCUUCAAAAUCCCAGCUCAUCUGGGUUAGUCUAAAUGGCAGUGGAAACAUUUUGGAUCCAAUUAACCCUAGUAUUUUUUCAAAACCUGCUGAUUGAAGACUAAAAAUCAUUGCUACCCACAGCCAGAGUCCCCAUAUUCUUCAGCUGCUUUGGUUGUGAACAAAUUAUGGAGGAAUUAUGUGCAUAGCCUGAUUGGAUAUAGUGACAUUGGUCACAUAUUUGCAUCUUUAUGACAGGCACAAACCAUAGGCCCAUUCCAUUUUACAACUGUUUAAACUUUGUUCUGGGUUUUGUCCACUGCAUUUUGGUGUGUUGUAAGGAAUUAUCCUUCACAUUUCCAUUUUAAGGUCACAAAUGUGUGAAAUGUUCUGGGUGGGCUUUGUGCAAUAUUUUUACAGUGCAAUAUUUUUUACAGUUGCCUCAUUCUGUGAACAUUUGUGUUGAGAAACCUUAUUACAGUGGGGCAGUCUGGAACCGGCCCAGUGAAGAACCUUUGGUCCUUCAGCAGUGACAAUACCAGACACCUGGACUGAAUAUCUGUGACGCUCUCUCUAAAAGCGAUUGUGUGUCGGAUGCCUUCCUGACUGGAGACUGGUCCCUCCAAAAGAAGCUUGCGACAGAAGAUUCUGAAUGUUUGGGAAAAGCCGGACCUGUGACUUCAGACUGUCCGUUUUCAAGUUUGCAUGUCGCUCUGCGUGACGGGAUAAAACCUAGAUUUUGACAGAAUUCUUCAAAUUAUGCUUCAAAAGUUGUGCCUACCGUAAAAUAAAAUGAAUAUGUGAUGUUGUUUUGCAUGAAAACAGGCCAGUAGCUCAUAGCGGGGAGAAAAGUGAAGUUAAAAUUGGUUCUCUUUCAUAAAAUGCCAACGUCCAGUUAAUAAAUACUUGGCAGUUGUCCUUCCCUGUCAAAUAUGUGCACUCCAACUUCUUGUCAGGUUUCACAGGAUUAACUAGGAUUCAAACAGCUGUAGAAUGCCCUAGGCAGCUAGCUACAGUGUGCCUUAAAAGCAGCAUAGCCAAAGCAGGGGAUUUCUGCAACUUUUCCCCCUCCUUUUUGUCUUCUCAGGAACUACAUGAACGAUAGCCUGCGGACAGAUGUCUUUGUAAGGUUCCACCCCGAGAGCAUCGCUUGCGCCUGCAUCUACCUUGCUGCUAGGACCCUGGAGAUUCCACUUCCAAACCGCCCUCACUGGUUCCUGCUGUUUGGAGCCACGGAAGAGGAAAUCCAGGAGAUAUGCACAAAAAUUUUGCAAUUGUAUACACGUAAAAAGGUUGAUCUAGCUAUCCUGGAAAGCCGAGUAGAGAAGAAAAAGCUCGCCAUCGAAGAGGCAAAAGCGCAAGCCAAAGGCCUCUUACCAGACGGAACACCCAAUUUGGAUACCGUGUCAGGGUUUUCUCCUGCUCCCAAAACUGAGUCUCCAAAAGAAAAUAAAGGCACCAAGCCUUCCCCACUUGCUGUGCAGGUGGUAAAAAACGCCAAGCGGAAAAUGGAAGGGACGAAGCGAAUGAAAUCCAACAGUCCUGUCAAUGGCGUUCAGAAAGGCCGAGACAGCAGGAGUCGGAGCGGAAGUAGAGACCAGAGUUAUUCCAGGUCUCCCUCAAGGUCACCAUCUCCAAAGCAGAGGAAGAGUGAAAGCUAUUCCCCAUCGAGCGGCUCCAAAUCCCACAGCCGCUCGAGGAGCCGAAGUGACUCUCCACCACGGCAGUUCAACCAUGGCAGCUCGAGCUACAAAGCCUCCAAGAUGAGGAGCUACAAGAAGGCCAAGGGGUACAAAUACACCUCUCCCAAGCAGCGGAAAUCCCGCAGCAGGAGCUCAUCACGGUCCCGGAGCCGCUCGCGAGAACGCUCAGACCACUCUGGGAAGUACAAGAAGAAGAGCCACUACUACAGGGAUCAGAGGCCUGAGCGGCCCCACUCCUACGAGAGGCCAGGCCACCGCUACGAGAGGGAGCACCCUGGCCACAGCCGGCAUCGCAGAUGAGCAGGACCAGAGAACAGCCAACGCGAGCUCUCGCUCUGUCUUCCGGGGGCUCACAGACUUAAAACUCUUGGUGCUUGCUUGGUGCAAGGAAGGAUAGUUAGAAGGACUUAAUUGUGACAUGUCCCAUUUAGUAUGGUUGGGUUUUUUUUUGGAAGGGCAGGUGUCUUUUGAGUCUCCUCAAAGUGUGGGAGAGCCUCCCUCUCUUCCUGGAUCAUCUGUCUGUGCUCGACAGGCGAUGCUCCUUUGCUGCUACAGAAGCAGGACUGUUUGCAAAUAAUAUUGGACUCUGUGGAGAGAAUUGCCUUAUGAGGCUGGUCAGAGUGUUCAGAAAUUGCCCUUCCCAGCCCCAAAGGAUUUUGGACACUCAGACCAUACAGCAUUGCUUGGUGCUAACAGCAGUCCUUGUUCAUUUAUUUCACAGUGGACUUGAUUGCGUUGUAGAACACAAGGUGAUUUUUUUUUAAAGAAUGCCUAUAUUAGGCGGCCUUUUUGUGUGUGUAUAUAUCUGGUGUUGGAACAGUAAGGACAGAGAAAGGCCUUUACCCAUUGAAUUUCACCCACAAAGUGCAAAUGUAUUGAAUAGAAUUGGGGGGGGGCUUUGUAACCUGCAUACAGAAUAUUGAGAAAUUCAAAUUCCUCAACUAAAGACUUCUCCUCACCCCUUCUUUCUUUUUGCAUAAAGAACUCUGUGGAAAUGUGAAAGUAUUUAGAUUCAGUGUGUUGGAAGUGGUCUAUUUUUAAAAACGUGGUGAAAUGCCUGGUGCUGGCCACCAGCUCAGGACUUCGGAUGCUUUCAUAUAAUAUAACGUUUUAUGUGGUUUAGAUAAACUCUCUACUCAGGAUCUUUAAAAACUCUUGAAGAACUGAUAGUUUGCCCUCCCGUUGCUUGCUUAUAAGAAGGUGUUUAUAUUAAGAGAGAAAUUGUAUGCAGCGCAGGAAUAUCCGUUUUAGUGGUAUAUCUGAGCUGUCUUCCUGUUCCUGGAUUUUCAUUAAAGUAUUUGAUUUUAUAUUUAAAAACUUUCUGCCUCUGUCCUCGCCUAGGAUGGUUGUUUAGUAUCAGCAUUGGAAACAAAAUGGGUUUGUUCUUAGCCUGUGAUAACCCCAGGGGGCUUUUUUCCAACACCAAAUCUUAACUAAGGAAUAGUUAAUAAGGGUUUCUCCACUGGUGGACAGGUGGAGAAUGCAGUACAGUGGAACCUCGGGUUACAAAUGCUUCAGGUUACAAACGCUUCAGGUUACAGAAGGAUGAGAACAGAAAUUGUGCAGCGACGGGAGGCCCCAUUAGCUAAAGUGGUACCUCAGGUUAAGAACGGACCUUUGGAACGAAUUAAAUACGUAACCAGAGGUACCACUGUAUGGGGUGUUGAACUUCCUGUACAUCUCUACUCCUUUUAAAGCCUCCUUUUAUUUUAUGUAGCAAUGUCUGAGUGCAUGGGCAAAAAAUGGAGUUUUCCGCUCC